AUGAUUGCGGCUUCAGAACCCUUGGAGUUUGUGCCUCAUGGCAGGACAGUGCUUGCAAAGCAUCCUGGUCAAAUUUAUAGCAAGGGCCACAACAAUUUUUCAUCUGAGAAUUCUCUUAUGUACAAAUUGACCAACUUUGCCAUAAAAGAUGAAAGUCUUCUUGAAAGCAAAGAGUCUAAAGAAGAGUGGUGGUGUAUAAGGGAAGUAUAUUAUAGGGAUGUUGGGGCCCUCGAAGAAGAUGAUUCACAACAAGCACCAAAAGAAAAAUAUGAGGACUCUUUCAGACCUCCAAGCAGAUUAAAGCCUGACUUUAAUAUUUCAAUCAAGUCAGAAUUACUCAGUGGAGUGAAAAAAGCAGAAGCAGAUGUUGGGUCUGGCACAUCACUUGGUGGGAGUGCUAAUAGUUCGAGUAAUAUGUCCAAGAAGUUUAACCUUAAUUCUACACAGAGUAAACGACCAAUGAAGAAACCAUUGAAUCCAAAGACUGAUUGCUGUUAUGAAGAGGAGCUAUAUGUUAAGGGAUGUACAGCUGUUUGGUCGAAAGGGUUGAUCUCAACACCAGGUACAAAGCUGUCAGGACCUGAACAUAGAGAAACUAUUGCAUGUUACACUAUAGAUAACCCCAUCAAACAUGCAGCUUUUUGUGAUUUCCACAUUGGUAUAAACAACACAAUGCUUAUAGACGCUUUAAAUUCUCAAAUAGGAGAUGUUAAGAAAAAUAUAAAAAUAGAGGACACAACUGAGCACAUUGAAACAAAAAUAAUGCCCUCUAUAUUACUAAUGGACAGCAAAUGUAUGCGAGUAUACGCCAUGGAUGGUAGGGAAUACAUAACAAGUAUUCCUUUCCAAGUUAAAAGAGUUUGGCCUAUGAAGUAUGGAGUUUUAUUGGAAAAAGAUCCGACACCACAAUUGCAAAGCUCAGUGCUACCAACUUCAUUUGUCAAACAUAAUGAGUCUUGUAAUAGCUCAUUAUCCAAAUCAAAGACAAAUUUUCCAUUCAACAUGAGCGCAAAGUUGCGAGCUGAAUCCCUUCUAGGAUAUGAUCAGGAAUAUCCUUUACCUACCUGUUUUUCGCUAUCACAUCCCUUGGAUGAAGUAACACCUAUAUUGAUGAAGUCGCCAUCCCACGGACUACAGUAUUAUAAUGACGGAGACGUACAAAUAAUAUUUGUCAGUGUUGAUCCAAGUAUUAUAUUGCUAUACGAUUGGAAAUUAGGUACACAUUCUCUAUGGAAGAUUCGGAAAGCGUCACGAGAUGAGUGUUUGAGCAUGUGUCCGAAUAUCAAUUCAACAACCACAGUUUUCAGCCAGUCUUGUGAUUUUGUCGGGAGCCCAUUGCAAAGUAUUGUUAAGAACGCUACAAGUUGGAAUGCUGGGAGCCCUCUUCAGUCUAAAAAAGGCUUGCAAACUCCAAAUCGAUCCCGACAAAACAGUCCAUUGGCUAAUAUAUUUCAUCAGCAGGGUUUAUCACCUCACGCAUCUAUCGGCCAAGCAUCCUCUACAUCAAUGUUGGCCAAUACGACAACACAGGCUCCACCGUCCUUGCCAUUAUAUCCUGAUAUAUGUUUGGAUCAUAUUUGGACAGAUACUCAAGUUAUCCGGAGAGACCCAAUCGAAAGUCCAACAGAUACUAAAACAUUCUUACACACAGAUCUAGUUGGUCAUGAUUACCUGUGUUUUCUAGUCAAAGUAGGGGGAGCAAACAGACUGCAAAUUAUAAGACUGCAAAAAUCACAUUCACAUGGCCAGACUAUGAAGCGGAACCUGAUUGUUGGUUCAGUUUCCUCCGUUUUUGCAAAAGAUGCUGUAGUUCUACAUGAUUUAAAAAUGAUUGCUUUGAUUGAUGAGUCUGGGAAUAUUAUAUUGCAGUCAGGAAACAGUGUCGUUGGAAAGGUGCAUGUGGGCGGCGUUCUAGCGAGGCUUUUGGAUUCGCCCUACACAAAGCGCUCAGUUCAGCCACUACAGUCGCUGCAAUCGCCAUUCCCCCGCCGAAGUAGUCUUUUGCCAAGCCGAACGGCUGAUUCUGCCUUUGACGAUUCUGCUUUGCAUCUGCUUUCUCCGGUGCCGCACUCUUCUGCGUCUAGAAUUGAACAUAAAGAGAGCUUAGGCCUGCGCGCGCUGUGCGAUGCAACGGGCAGCCGCGUUACGCUGUGCCUGGAGAACGGCGUGCUGUACCGCAUUGCACUGCCCGGCCUGGCCGCCGCUGCGCUGCUGCCCCGCGCCGUUGCCGCGCUGCGCGCGCUACUGCCGCGUGACAUCGCGCUGCAGGUGUUGAUAAAAUGGUACGGUGUCAGAAACGCGCCUGGCACGCAAGACAUAACGCCAGAACAAGAGUGGGCGAUGUUCUCGAAGCUUCUGCUCUCACUAAUCGGUUAUGACGUGGAGAGAUUGGGACAGACACGGCAGAAUGAUGACGAACAUACAGAAGUUGCAACGAAAAAGCAACGCACCUCAAGCGAUGGCACACAGGAUGACUGGGACUAUCUGCUUAACUCUAAAAUGCACAAAGUAAUCGGCAAUACCUUAGCAAACAUCCUGAAUUUGAAUCCAGCACAACCAGAUACCAAGCAUUGUAGACCCAGUAAAACAAAAAACAGUGUAGAAAUAGAAAAGUCAUUUCAAUUCAAUCCUAACUCACUUUUGUUCCCAUACACUCUUCAAGUGUUCUACUCGUUCCAUUUGUUGUAUGAAGACUUAAAAUUGAACAUACUACUGUCCAGCGACUUAAAACCACUGUCAGCGUUCCUGUACCAAUUAGCCAAAGACUUGAGACUUAACAAUUAUGUGAAUCACUAUUGGCUGGAUUUUCCUCUGGAUUAUAACUAUGAAUACGAGGAAUCCGAUUCGCAGGUGUCUGACGCCAUUUUGAAGAAACUAACCCUACCGAGUUACUUUUCACCGGAGCCCCCUGUUAUUUUCAGUUAUAUAAAUUCGAUGUUGAAGGAUAUCGAUAUCGGAUACUAUCCGCAUCUGCCAGAUGUUAAUAAUUCGUGUCGGGAUCUUAUUGAGAUCCUCACGAUAGUGGGGUGUGGGCGCAGUGCCGGUGUACAGACGUUGAGCAGCCAGCAAGCGAUGAGCAGCAGCACUCCCAGGCCCCGAAGAGAAUGUGGGCCUCACACUUCACCGUAUGCUCAAGCUGCCUUGUUGGCCUGUCAGAGAGGCAUAACCCUGAGGGGCAUAGACAACUUCCCUCCAGCGAUAGGACUGCUCCUCCUCACAAUAUUCAGCCGCUGCAAGUCCCAGCCACCAGGGGACUGGCCGGCUGAGGCCUACUGCCUUGUCAUGCGCGAGGACCUGGCCAUGCGGGCCAAAACCGCAUACACCAUGAAAAACACCAACGAGUAUUUGGAAACUUUGGCGAUGGAAGCGUUAGAGAAAGAGACCGCGUAUUCCGUAGUCAGUAAGCCUAUUGAAGAGCCAGUACACAAAUGCGACGAGAAUGACACCAGCACCGGCAUGGAGCACCUCAACACAAAGCUGCUUAGUUUGUUGUACCCAAGGGAUCACCGGAUGACAGAAGUGAUAAACCUCCUCCAGUCUUCUAUUCCCGUGACAAUAAACCUGACGCAGCGGCCCGAAGUCUCUGAUCAUGACUUCAUUGAAGAACAGGAGAAAUAUCUAUAUGCCGUUAGCACGAGGACCUUAGCCUUGCCUGUAGCCAGGGGCAUGGUGACGUUGCGAAGCGUGGGAGCGGCGGCUACAGAGCCACUGUCGGCCCCGCGGCUGUGUGCGACUGGGCGCGGGCCGCCGCCUCGCCGUGCCGCCGUGUCGCUGCCGGCGGAUGCCUCGCCGCACCUGCUGCACUGGCCUUCCUUCCACAACGGGGCCGCGGCCGGGCUCGCGCUCGUGCCAGUCGCCGGCGCCACCAUACACCACAGCUGGGUCGUCUACAACAAGCCGCGGGGUACACAAGACAUGUCAACAGAGCACGCGGGCUUUUUACUUGCUUUGGGGCUUAAUGGGCAUUUGCGCGACAUGCCGUUCAUGAAUAUCUACGAAUAUCUCGUGAAAUGCAACGAAAUGACAAGCGUGGGACUGCUGCUGGGGCUGGCUGCUACUUACAGAGGAACUAUGGACGUGCAAGCGACGAAAAUGAUGAGCAUUCACCUGGAGCCCCUUCUCCCACCGACGUCCAUUGAGCUGGACAUCCAGCAGAAUAUCCUAGUCGCGGCUUUGUUGGGAGUGGGGCUGAUUUACCAAGAGACCUGCCACGCCCAUUAUGCCCAGGUGUUGUUAAACGAGAUCGGUAAGCCGCCGGGGCCCGAGAUGGAGAGCUGCGUGGAGCGCGAGGGGUACGCGUUGGCGGCGGGCUUGGCGCUGGGGCUGGUGUGUGUCGGCGCCGCGCAUUCCGCGCCCGCGCACCUUGCUACGCGCCUGCGCUCGUAUGUGCUAGGCGCAGACAGACGCACGCUGCAUGCGCGCGAGUGGUGCGGCGGGAACGCGGACGUGACGGCGCCGGGCGCCACGCUGGCGCUGGGGCUGCUGUACCUGCGCGCCGGCGACUGCGCGCCCGCCGCCUGGCUGCGCGCGCCCGCCACGCCCUACCUGCUCGACUUCGUGCGCCCCGACCUGCUCAUGCUGCGCGUCGUGGCACGAGGUCUUAUACUAUGGGACAGUAUAGAAGCAUCAGAGGAAUGGAUCGAAGACCAAGUACCAGCAACGAUUAAGCCUUAUUGCUUUGUGAAACCUACUGAAGAAAAUAUCGACUACGAAGCUAUGAACCAGGCGUAUUGCAACAUAGUGGCUGGCGCGUGCUUCGCGCUGGGGCUGCGCUUCGCGGGAUCGGGUGACGUGGAUGCGCGUGACGCCGUGCUGCACAGCUGCGCGCGGCUGCUUGGCGCGCGCGGCCGCCGCCUUGCCGACCUGGCGGGCGCCGCCACGCUCGAAACCUGCCUAUGCGUGUGCCUGCUCGCCGCCGGCAUGAUAAUGAGCGGGCGCGGCGACGUGUCCGUGCUGCGGCUGUGCCGGCGCCUGCGCGCGCGCACCGCGCCGCCCGCGCGCCAGGCGCGUCCCGCGCACCCGCACGCCGCGCCGCCCGCGCUCUCGCACGGCGCUCAGAUGGCAGUACACUGCACUAUUGGGCUUCUCUUCCUGGCAGGAGGUCGCGGUACCCUCAGUACUUCAAGGACUGCUGUGGCGGCCUUACUAAUAGCUUUCUUCCCGAAAUUCCCCACGCACAGUGAAGAUAAUAGAUAUCACUUACAAGCGUUCAGGCAUCUCUACGUACUGGCAGUCGAGCCAAGGCUCAUACUGCCUCGCGACUUGGACACUGGGAAAUUGUGCUACGCUCACAUACAGGUGGUAGAUCUACAAGGUGUUGUUAAAGAGAUGAAGGCACCUUGCAUUAUUCCAGAACUGGAUACGUUGAAAGAGGUGAAAAUAAACGAUCCCAGAUAUUGGCCUAUCGUGUUCCAGAGGGACCAAAAUUGGGAUCAGCUAAAAACAUUCCUCGAAUAUACAUGGUGUAUAGAUAUAAAACAACGGGCCGGCUGCCUCUCCUAUGUCUCCGAUCCACAAGGAUUCCUCACGAUACUGGCCCAGACCCUCACCCUGGACAAGACCAACAUUUGGCUAGCGACACCGGAGAACAUCGAAUUAUUCACAAACGACGAUAAAGUACGGAGCUUCGUCAAACAUUACCUCACGAGUGAAACAAGCAGUUCGAAAAUUUGCGCCAAUUGCUUACUGGUGAGCAAGAAAAAGGGGAGGGGGGAGGGUCUGGUGAAGGAGUGUCAGUGUCGGAAGUACAGUAAGGAGGAAGAGGAACACGUGCAGGCACUUAGUAUGGUCACUUACGAAUGUCUGGUGAAAGAUAUCCUGUGUGCUCUGCCCAUUUGGACCACAUUUUUGAAGAUGAUAAAGAUAAUGAAGCGCGAGCCGACUGUGUACCACGUGUGGCAGGUGAAGCUGGUGCUGUCACAGGUGGAGCGGCAGGCGCGCGCCGCGGCCGCGGAGAUGGCGGUGGACGGGCUGGAGCCAGCCGCCGAGCCGCUCAUCUCGCCGGAGUUCACGCUCGCCAUCAAGCAGCGCGUCUGCGCUAUCUUCGACAGCUGGGAGCCGCGCUUGGCCUCGCAGCUGCGCAGGUACUUGGGCUUGAGCGGGGGGAGGCGGGUGGGUGCGGAGUGGCGCGCCGCGCUCGCCGCGUACGUGCUGUACCACGAGCUGGGCGUGGGUGUGGGUGCGGGGGUGGGCGGUGCGGGGUCAGCGCUGUGUGGGCGUGGACCGCUGGGCGCGCUGGCCGCGAGCGCGCUCAAGCCGCUGCUCAGCUGA